AUGAAAUCAUUCAUUCCCGUACCGGAAGGUUCAGAUUUUCCUAUCCAAAAUUGUCCUUAUGGCGUAUUUUCCACUAAGGACAACCCAAAACGUAGAAUUGGCGUCGCUAUAGGAGAAUCGAUCCUGGAUUUGUCCGCAGUAGCUCAUCUUUUCGACGGGCCAGCUCUUACAAACCAUCAGGAUGUCUUCAAGCAGGAAACGCUCAACGCCUUUAUGUCUUUGCCCCGUGCAGCAUGGAUAGAAGCACGUUCUACCAUCCAGAAACUUCUCAGCGAUAACGUGCCAACGCUGAAAGAAAAUCCAGAAUUACGCCCGAAAGCUAUUGUCAGCCAAAAGGACGCUGUCAUGCAUUUGCCGGCGAAGAUAGGAGAUUAUACUGACUUCUAUUCAUCGAUCUACCAUGCCACCAACGUUGGGAUCAUGUUUCGUGGGAAGGAAAACGCUCUGAUGCCAAACUGGAAAUGGUUACCAGUCGGCUACCACGGUCGCGCCUCAUCGAUCAUCGCCUCCGGCACACCGGUCCGUCGACCACGUGGCCAACUAAAACCAGAAGGAGCAACUGAACCCACCUAUGGGCCUUCACGAUUGUUGGAUUUCGAACUCGAGAUGGCAUUCUUUGUUGGUGGGCCCGCAACUCAACUCGGUCAACCGAUUCCAAUAGAGAAGACCGAGGAUCACAUUUUUGGAAUGGUUUUGAUGAACGACUGGAGCGCUCGUGACAUUCAAGCUUGGGAGUACGUCCCACUAGGUCCCUUCCUCGGCAAAUCCUUCGGCACCACAAUUUCACCAUGGGUAGUCUCUAUGGAAGCAUUGCGACCCUACAUGGUUCCAAAUCCAGAACAGGAUCCUGCUCCAUUGAGCUACCUUGUUCAUUCUGAUCCGUACAGCUUGGAUAUUAACCUUGGAGUGACAAUCAAGCCAGAAGGAGGUGAAGAUCAUUCAGUUUGCAAGACUAGUUUUAAGCACCUUUACUGGACGCUAAAACAACAGCUGGCUCAUCACACAGUAAACGGAUGUAACGUGAAUCCUGGCGAUUUGAUGGGAUCUGGGACCGUUUCAGGACCUGAAGAAGGUGCGUAUGGCUCAAUGCUUGAGUUAUCGUGGCGAGGAGCGAAAACUGUCCCUGUUGGCGAUCAAACGAGGAAAUUCUUACAGGAUGGUGAUGAGGUGAAUCUCAUCGGAUACUGCGAAAAGGACUGUAUUCGUAUCGGAUUCGGUGAAUGCCGUGGAAAAGUACUACCGGCUCUUUAG